CGUGCUAGGAAGGAAGCAUCUCCUUGGUAGAGAUUUUCACUAGAAACUGACUAGAGCAAGCUUAAUACCAAGCGAUUGAAAAUGCAUUGCGGACUUACUAUGAGUUUUCACUUUCCACUUUAAGUCUGCAAGAAGUCAUGAAUGGGUUCCGUAUAAAUGCCAAUGGCUCAGAAAUAGACAUACUUCGAAUUUCUUCACCGAACCUUCAGUGAUAUGAUAUCCAUUUGAAAUUCAUAGACUGUUAAAAUUUAGCACACAUAAACAACAUUUACUGAAAGCCAAUCAAAAUCGCACGGUGGAGAUAACGCGGGUUAAAGGUUGCGGCGUGCUCAAUGUCCGAUGUCCGAAGUUAGCAGGAUGUCAGAGGGUUUCCUCAUGGAAGUGUGUGUAGACUCUGUAGAGUCAGCCAUUAAUGCCGAAAGAGGAGGAGCUGGUCGCCUUGAGCUGUGCUCCAGUCUGCUAGAGGGAGGGAUAACACCCAGCGUUGGCCUGUUGCAGGUAGUGAAGCAGUAUGUCCGCAUCCCAGUUUAUGCCAUGAUCCGUCCCCGUGGCGGGGACUUCCUGUAUUCCGACCGUGAGGUGGAGGUGAUGAGGAAGGACAUUGAGAUGAUGAAGAGCCAUGGUGCAGAUGGACUGGUGUUGGGAGCCCUGACUGAGGAUGGAAAAGUAGAUGCUGAGCUUUGCAUGGAGCUGUUAGCUGCCAGCCGGCCUCUUCCUGUCACAUUUCACAGAGCCUUUGAUAUGGUCCACAAUCCUGUCGUUGCCUUGGAAACUCUUAUUUCUCUAGGCUUUGAACGAGUGCUGACCAGCGGCCUUGACAGCUCUGUAUUGGAGGGUCUUCCUCUCAUCAAGAGGCUAGUGGAACAGGCUAAGGGAAGAAUAGUCAUCAUGCCAGGAGGUGGCAUCACUGAGCGUAAUCUGCAAAGAAUUCUAGAAGGCUCUGGGGCUCAGGAAUUCCACUGCUCUGCUCGUUCUAGUAAGGAAUCAACCAUGAAGUUCAGGAACUCCAGUGUUAACAUGGGAGCUGCUGUAUCCAUGCCUGAGUAUUCCCUUAAAGUGGCUGAUAUGACCAAGGUCCGCACACUGAAUGCCAUCGCCAAAAACACUCUUUAGGGUGCUGCGGGCUGGUCCCCUUUGCACCCUCUUGGAACAGGUUCUUUCCUAAUGGAGAGCAGAGACAGAAUUUGGUGUAAAUCAUCAACAAGACAAUGUUUCCACCAAUAAAACUGGACAUACUUGUGAAACCUUGA